GCCUUCCAAAUUUCCUAACCUCAAAAGUUCGAACUUUCGUCGUGGUUUUCGUAAAUGACGGGAAUCGUUUGAUAUUUCUGAGGAAUUUACUGUCUAGAUUAAAAUGGUGCAGCCGGUGCCGGAAUCAAUUAAUUUCCCGCAGGAAGAGGAGAAAAUUCUCGCUUGGUGGAAGGAAAUCGACGCAUUUCAAGAGUGUCUUCGUCAAUCUAAAGACAAGCCCAGAUACUCUUUCUACGAUGGUCCUCCAUUUGCCACAGGCUUGCCGCAUUAUGGUCAUAUCUUAGCUGGAGCAAUCAAGGAUGUGGUCACACGUUAUGCACAUCAAAAUGGUUUCCACGUUGAGAGGAGAUUUGGGUGGGAUUGCCACGGUCUACCUGUUGAGUAUGAGAUUGACAAAUCUCUCGGAAUCAAAGGGCCAGAAGAUGUGGCAAAAAUGGGCAUCACUGCGUACAACAGCGAGUGUCGGAAGAUUGUCAUGCGAUACGCCACAGAGUGGGAAAUCAUAGUCACAAGAAUUGGCAGAUGGAUCGAUUUUAAAAACGAUUAUAAAACAUUAUACCCAUGGUUCAUGGAGAGCGUUUGGUGGGUGUUCAGUGAAUUGUGGAAGAAAGAUCUCGUCUACAAGGGAGUGAAAGUGAUGCCGUACUCGACUGCUUGCAACACGCCUCUUUCCAACUUUGAGUCCGGUCAGAACUACAAGGAAGUCGUCGACCCUGCAGUUGUCGUUAGUUUUCCAUUGGUAGACGAACCUGAAGUUUCUUUAAUUGCUUGGACAACAACGCCUUGGACUCUGCCGAGUAAUUUUGCUCUCUGCGUUAACCCCAACUUAACGUACAUCAAAGUUCAAGAAAAAUCGAGCGGGAAAGUGUAUGUGCUAAUGGAAGCUAGAGUUUCGACUGUCUUCAAAAAAGAGGACGAGUACACUGUGAUAGAAAAAUUCCCUGGCAGCAAAUUGGAAGGGUUAAAAUACAAACCUCUCUUUCCAUACUUUGCAAAGGAAACAACUGGAUUCAAAGUAUUAGUUGAUACGUAUGUGACGGAAGACUCUGGUACUGGUAUCGUACAUCAAGCACCAUAUUUCGGAGAGGACGAUCAUCGAGUGUGUCUAGCAGCUGGUGUCAUCACUAAAGACAGGGACGUUAUGUGUCCUAUCGAUGCCAGUGGUCGCUUUGUUGAGCCUGUCACUGAUUUCAUCGGACAGUAUGUCAAGGAUGCCGACAAAAACAUCAUCAAACAUUUGAAAUCAGUGGAUCGUCUGGUGAGCGCUGGAUCAGUGAAGCACAGCUAUCCGUUCUGUUGGCGAUCAGACACUCCUCUUAUCUACAAAGCUGUCCCGUCCUGGUUUAUUAGAGUCCAGCAACUCAGACAGAAACUACUUGAUGCCAAUCAGAACACAUACUGGGUUCCUGAUUUUGUGAAAGAGAAACGUUUUGGAAACUGGUUGAAGGAGGCGCGUGACUGGGCUGUGAGUAGGAACAGAUACUGGGGCACUCCAAUUCCUUUGUGGGUAUCGGAAGAUGGCGAAGAAACUGUCUGUGUUGGCAGCAUCGAAGAACUGAUAAAAUUAACUGGUCAGCAAGUCACAGAUAUCCAUCGGGAAAAUAUCGACAACUUAACAAUCCCCUCGAAACGGCCAGGCAAACCUCCAUUGCGACGAGUCCCAGAAGUUUUUGACUGUUGGUUUGAAUCAGGAUCCAUGCCUUACGCUCAGCUUCACUACCCGUUUGAAAACAAAGAGAGCUUCGAUUCCCGGUUUCCGGCCGACUUCAUUGCGGAAGGAAUUGACCAAACUCGUGGCUGGUUCUAUACUUUACUUGUGAUCUCAACAGCACUUUUCGACAAAGCCCCGUUCAAAAACCUUAUUGCAAAUGGUCUUGUAUUGGCUUCUGAUGGUCAAAAAAUGUCCAAGAGGAAAAAGAACUAUCCAGACCCCUUAGAGGUUGUUAACAAAUUUGGAGCUGAUGCUCUUAGGCUGUAUCUAAUCAAUUCUCCAGUUGUGAGGGCAGAAAACCUUCGUUUCAAAGAAGAAGGAGUGAGAGAUGUACUUAAAGACGUCUUCUUGCCGUGGUACAAUGCCUACCGAUUUCUCAUUCAAAACAUCGAAAGAAUGAAGAAGGAAGAAAACAUACCGUUAACAUUCACCAGUGAAGAAACAUCAACAAACUUGAUGGAUAGGUGGAUUCUGUCCUUCACGCAAUCUUUGCUGAGCUUCGUAAAGCAGGAAAUGUCUGCGUAUAGAUUGUACACUGUUGUUCCUCGCCUAGUUCAGUUUAUUGACAACCUCACCAAUUGGUACGUCAGAAUGAACAGGAAACGGCUCAAGGGUGAAACUGAUCUGGAAGAUUGCAAGCAAGCAUUAGGAACCUUAUUUACCGUCCUCUUCACAAUGGUCAGAAUGAUGGCUCCGUACACGCCAUUUUUAUGUGAGCUAUUGUACCAAAAUCUUAGGAAUCUCACAAACAUUGCUGAAUGCAGUGUUCAUUUCCUUAUGAUGCCCCAACCUAGGGAUGAUUUAAUCGAUAAAGGUAUCGAGAGAGCUGUGAGUAAUAUGCAAACUGCCAUUGAGCUUGGACGAAUCAUCAGGGAUAGAAAAACAAUACCCAUCAAGUAUCCACUGCCCGAGGUUGUGAUCAUCCAUAACGACCCUACAUGUUUGGCGGAUAUCGAGUCCUUGCAGAACUACAUCAUGGAGGAGUUGAAUGUGCGGCAAGUGACCCUCUCAUCAGAGAAGGCCAAAUACGGUGUGUCUCUUCACGCUGAACCGGAUCAUAAAACGCUGGGUGCACGCCUGAAGGGCGCAUUCAAACCAGUCAUGGCAGCUAUCAAAGAGCUGAGUGACGAUCAAGUAAAGGAGUUCUUGAAAGCAGGGUCCAUGGAGCUCCUAGGACACAAGCUCGAGCCCUCCGAUAUUAGGAUCAUGUUCAGUUUUACAGGACCAACGGCCAAGGAACUGUCUGAGAAGUAUGAAACCCACUCGGAGAAUGAUGUUUUGGUACUGCUUGACGUGACGCCCGAUCAGAGCAUGCAGGACGAAGGCAUUGCGCGGGAGGUGAUCAACCGAGUUCAGAAACUGAGGAAACGGGCGCAUCUUGUCCCUACGGACAGUAUCAAGGUCUUCUACUCAGUCACAGCCAAGUCAGAAUUGGAACGCAUUUGCACAGAAUAUGCAUCAUUCAUUGAACAAACCAUCAAAGCACCGUUCAGUAGUGAUGCAGUCAGCGGUAACCUUGUAAUAGAAGAAACACAGCAGUUAAAAGGCGCAGAGCUGAAAGUAACUAUAACCAGAGAAGGAGAAGCAACAGCAAAUGGAGUAGAUGAAAAAUGUGAGAAUAAAGAAAAUAGCCAGCAAAAAAAUGCUGCCGCCAAAACACCAUCAACUAAAAGCUCAAAGAAAGAAGCUAACACUCCCUCCGGUGACAAUUCGAAGAAAGGGGCCAAGCAAAAAAAUACGUCCUGAAUCAGAUAAUUUGCUAAGCAUGUUUCGUCUGGUUUGUAACUCAGCAUUGCGGAUUUCAGCAACUAAGAAGUUCCCUGCGAGGUGUUUUUAUCAAUGCCAAAAUCCCUGUUUUUUUUUAUUUAUUUUCAUUAUUAUUUCGAUAAAUAAUGUUUUUUCUUUUGUUUCCUAGUGAUUAAGGGUAAUUACAUUUCUGAUGUCAAGCUUUAUCGGCACUUUAAUGAUGGUGUAAUUGCCUCUCUCGGGUGAGGUUAAAGGGAUAAAAAUCUUGUACUCCAGAAAAUAAUCAGUAUCUCAUGCUAUAACUGAAAUCAGGUGUUUCACUCCUGAAAUAAUUUUUUAUUCAAGAAAUUGCAAUUGCUUCAAUCAGUCUAAGAUACCAAAGUGAAUUAUGAUGACAAGUUAUCGGGCAGCUUUUGGUUUAGGUUUUCAGACUUUUAUCAUGUUCUUAUGGCUGCGUAUUUGAUAAAUUUUUAGCAGACUUGUGAUGCGCUAGAUAAUAGGUGGGAUUAAGUUUUUUCUGUUCAUCAUCAGUUUUCCUAAUUUGAGAUAAAGUGGAAUAAACUUAUUGAACCAACGAUUUGUCAUCAAAUAUACAGGGAAACUGAACUCUCAACUAAUGCAAACUGCCAUUGUUUUAAAGUAUCGUAAGGAAGUUAGAAGCAAAGUUAAUCAGUUUCAAAACGGAGUUUUAACGGUCAGUACUCCAAAUAUCUUAGUUGUUGUGAAAACCAAUUUAACUGACCUCAUGAAUCAAUGUGCGGGAAUGAAUCCUCUGGUUCUGCUGAAACGUUAAAUAGGUACACAUUUUCAUGCAAACUAAGGCUUCUUUAACCAGAAUCAAUCGAUCCCAGUGAGUGUUAAAAGAAUUGGUACAUCAACUUUUUAUCCGAAAGAAUAAAUCUGCACAGCUGUAUACAGCCGUUUUUCGGUAUACUCAAACACAUGUCUAUUUUUAAGAUUGCCCAAGUUAUUCUCGGACUACGUCUAAAAAAUCAAAGCCUUUCUCUAGAAAGAAUCACUAAAUUUUAAAGUCAUACGUCUAAAAAUAGGUAAAUGAAAAAUUAAAUUUCAUCGAUUAAUUCCUACAAUUUUGUAGAGGAAACGUAGUUGGAUCAUAUGAUGCUCAUGACCCUAUUUAGGUAAGUUAAUUUUGAAAUUCGAUGAGACAAAUAUUUCUUUCCUGUGGCUUUAAUUUUUCUAUGAUGUAUUGGAUGAAUUAAAAAUUAGUCAUGAUUUAGAAUGAAAUACAUGUGUAUCGAAAAAAUUCAUGAAUUCAUCCUUAAGAUAUUGAACUUUCCAAGAUUUCUGUCUUAGAUUACUGUGAGAAAGAGAGAGACAUAGACUUAUUUUGAAUAAAAAGAACAUUUAUUCUGUCAGUACCUAACAACUUCAGUUUUUAAGAAUAGUAGUCAAGGAAACAUCAGUUAUUAGCUCAUGAACUUUCUGACUAUCGCUUUCCAUCUGUUUUCCAGGAAUUUAUUCCUCUUCAUAUUCUUAAUUUAUUUUACCAUGUCAUGUAGUUACACCAUGAGAAUUUGGGUGUUUCUUGUAGUUGAACCGUACUCUGGACGUAUGUGCCUACCCACAAUGGAAAGUAUUGUUAUCAAGUAUUUUAAGUAAUUUAUUUAUUUAUUUAUUUAAAUCUUAGGCUAUUUUCUACUGUUAUAUUUAGUAAUUUUUGGAGCAUUUGAUGCCAAAGAGGGCGAAGCCGUGUUAAAUGCCUUUGUAAGACUACCUAAUUUUUAAACAAAAUUUUCAAUUAUUUUAGCGAAUAUAAUAACAAAUGCAUUCUUCCCCCACAAAUGUGUCUGUGAUGCACAGUUGUGAUUGAGACCUAGUCUUAAAUGAAAUAUUUUGAACUUUUUGUUUCACCUUUUUUUCCCUCUUUUUUUUUUUUUUUUGGUUCAAUCAUAAUUUUAUAACUGGACUGUAGCUCAUUUCCCAGUAGAAUCUAUUCAAGAAGCUUCUACUUUAUGUUUCUCAAAUGUCAAUCCUGGCAAUUUUGUGUCUUUACUCCUGUGUAAAAUAUCCAUUCUGAUCGAAACCCCGGAUUUGCAAGUAAUGUGUUUUUCUUUUGAACUGAAGACAUCAUGCUUAAAUACACUAAUCCAGUUUGAAACAGGGGAACUUUAGAAAGUCCUCCUCUCCUUUUUGAUUGGAUCUUAAACCUACAACUGAAAAAUAAAUAUGAAUAAACUGCCAUUAGUUUCGA